AUGGGAAGUAUGAUAAUUAAUUAUUAUAGAUUUAUGUGGUUAAGAAAGGCUUGAGUAGACAUCACUAAUGAAAUCUAAACUGUGCCUCUCCAAAGUUAUUGGAAAAGCAUUUGUAUAAAUACUUCAAGGUGACAUUUUGAAAGAAUAAACAUCAGCAAUUUGUAAUUUCAAAUUAUUAUCUAUUAUUAGUAAAUGUUGCGCAUGAUCCUUAUUCUUCUCAUUUUAUUAAAAUCUUUUAAUCAUCAUUAAACAUAAGACCAUAAUGUAGAAAUGAAAAUUAUAUUUUUUAGUAAUUACCGGAGUACCAACAUUAAGUUCAUUUUAACAUAAUGGAAUAUAAUUUAUUAUUCAUUUAAAAAUACCUAAUGAUUUUGUAUUAAUUUAACUAAUAAUAUAAGGAAAUCUUAGAUUAAGAAGAUUAGAUAUAAGCAUUUAUUAAUACAUUUGAAUUAGCUAGUUCUAAAAAUCUGGAAUCCAUUUCAUUCACAGAACCACCAAAAGAUAUUACUUAAAUUAAGUAGAAAGAUCUAUAUGCAAAAUUAUUAUUAUCAGCAUUCUAAUUUUACAUUUUUAACUCUUCUAAUCCAAAAAUUAAUUUAUUGAAAAUAAUAAAUCAAGACUAAUCAACUACAAAUAUUUAUAUUAAAGAAUUAUUAUAAAUAGCUGUCAUAAGUACUAAAUAAAGUUUUGACAUUGAACCUAUAAGCAAUUGCAAAGAACAAAAUAAUAAUUAGUAAUUAAUUAUUUAAUCAGCUUCUAUUUCUGUCGAAUAAAAAUCAAAUAUUUAAUCUUAUUAAUUAGAAAUUUAAUAGAAUAAUUACUUUAGAAUAAAAUAAGAAAUAAAAACAAUAAAUUGUGAGGCAAUAUUUAUCUAAUAGGAUAGACUGAUUUAAGAUAACUUAUCCAUUUAAUAAGAUAAUAUAUAAAUAGCUUAAUAAAACCAAUAAAAUUAAAGUAAUUAGGAAUCAUAAGAAAUUAAUGAUCUUGAAUUUGAGAAAUAAUUUGUCUUUGAUUAUUCAAAGUUUAUCGUUUGUGCUAUAUUAGAAUAAGCCAUUUUAAAUUUCACAAGUUUAAAUGAUUCUUGA